CUCGAAGAAGCCAUGUCGUUGCUUCGCAAAACGCUGCCCGUGGCGCGACGCGUCCUCGGGGAUAUGCAUGAUCACACGAUCUAUAUGAGGCGGAAUUACGCGAUGGCGCUCUACAGAGACCCCGCGGCCUCACUCGACGAUCUCCGCGAGGCCGUGACGACGCUCGAGGACACGGUUCGAACCGCGCGGCGCGUGCUCGGCGGCGCGCACCCGCUCGUAGUGGGGAUUGAGCAACAUCUGCGAAUCUCGCGAGCCGUCCUCCGCGCCCGCGAGACGCCGCCCCCGAGCGCGUAA